AUGGACGCCCAGACCAAUACUCUCUCCUCCAAACCUCUCGAUGUUGCUGCCAUAACUUCCAUUGUGGCCCUAGUGAUCUCAAUAACGGCUCUGGUUGCAACAACCAUUCAGGUUCUACAGCAAUACUUCGCUAGUGCUACUGGAUAUUCGAGCCGCAGUGGAAAGGUUAUUGGGCUGUGUGCAAAUACUACGAAACGGGUAUUCAGACCAUCCGAGCUCAGAUUCGAAGUACAAUUCGAAGCACCCGUCCUGUUCGUUGCCCCCCUGACAAAUAAGAACAAACCUGUAAAAAAACGGGACCUCUUCUACUGCAACGGCACCAAUAUAUCCUACAUGCAAACACGGACACUGUUACCGGAUAUUGAGACAUCAAACAUCAUAGCACUUCGAGAGGAUGUCCACACGGCAGACAAUGAGCGGGCGAGCUGGUUGAAUCUUCUUUCUGCGGUACAGAAAAUGGAGAGGGAAAGCAGAAAUUGGGAGAAUCUACAAUGGAGCACUACAGGUCGUACAAAGCUACCUGAUUACGUUUCCACUUUUGCUGUCGCUGUCCAACCCAAGACCCGAUCCUGGGAUGCUAUGCAAGAUAUCAGGAAACCCUACGCCACGAGCACAAUCUAUCAUAUUGUCGAAAUUGCUGCCGCGCUCGGAAUAUAUUGGCAAGAGUUUGAUCGCAAAUGGCACCAAUAUCGCGCCGAAGGCAAUGGCUACAUUCUUUCUGGGAGCAACACAAACAGUUUAGGUAUUGUCUUCACAUUUGAUAGAACUGGACGAAAGAAGUUUGAAGAGAACCGGCUCAUUCCAUUAGAUGAGGUGAAGGAGCUUUGUUUUGGGUUUGUACCUACUAUCUUCAGAUUGAACCCUUCGGGUGCUCUGGAAGCUCCUCCAAUUCUCGACAAGAUGAAGCAAGGGGAUAUGCCAACACUUCAACUCGGGAGCAGGCAUGAGAUUGCAGAGACACUUGUUCUCAUUGGUUGCGAUACUACAACGGUCCAACAUUUCUUAGAUGAGAGAAGCAAAACCAAGCAUUUAUUCCAUAUUCCAUUCGAAAUUAUGGGCAUGCUUGCAAAACCUCUUCAUAUCAAAGGAUCUUGUUUCCGAAUGCUUCCAAAUCCAACGGUCUUUCAUUGGAACAGAAAAUCAUUUUCUCUUCGGGAACUUUUGACGGCUUUCCAUCAUCGACUUCGGAAAGAGACCAAUACCGUCUUGAAUAGCGUGCUUGUUCGACUGCUGGAAAGAGAUGAAGUAGAAAAUGCUAGCCAGAAAGACGAUAGUUUGCCUCCCAUGCUGCUCGAUGCCUUGCAUGAAGCGAUCAACAAGAUUGAUAGCUACUUGUUAGACGAUCAUACCCCUCAGUCAAGAAUUAUUGAUGUCUUAUGGCGCCACAUCCAGGUCGUUCUGUGCAAAAUUAACCAGAAUGGUGCCGACGGAGACUCUGAAUUCGACGCGUUGAACCACACCCGACCAACAGAUCGGGAGAAGGACUUCAUACGCAUAUACUUUGAAGUUAUCCGCAGUUCAGUCGUCAAAUCUGGAGAGCGCCAGCUGUGGUCAGAUGGAUCAGAAGCAUCCGAACAACGCCAUUCAGGGGAUAACCUGCCACCUGAUAUCACAAAUGAGAGGAAUAGCAUAUGGUGUAUGCUCGUCCUAAGAAUGUUGUGUUGGUUGACGCUCCAUGAUUUCAGCAAGAAGGACGUCCAGAUCCCGAAGAGUGAGUUGUUGGGUUGCCGAUUGCCAGUUUACAUUGUUUGA